AAGUACUCUGACACAUGAGGCACAACAGAGCGUCACUGAGCUUACCAAAGCGAGGCUUUGAGCGCACGGCUCGUACAAGGGCUUACUUGUGGCGCUGCCACGUCAUUCUGCCCGAGCGUGACGUCAGAAAUUACCGUAAACAUGCUGCCCGGAGGGAUGUGAUAGUGACACAUGGACCUGGAUGAGGCUUUCCUGUCAGUCGGGGAAUUCGGCUGCUAUCAGAAGCGGCUGACCGGCUUCCUAGUGCUGCUGCAGGUGUAUGUGGCUUUUCAAUCAAUGCUGAUUGUCAUUGUGGGCGCUGUACCAGAAUAUCAGAUUGAUAAGGAAGAAGGCCUCGGUGAUGAAGACUUUAUCAAGCAUGUCCGAUAUGCAAACAACUUCACCUCCAUAGUAUCUGAGUGGAACCUAAUUCAGCAUCAAGCCUACAAGGUUAACUUGGCAUCGUCAUUGUUAUUUGCCGGUCUCCUCAUUGGGAACAUUUUGUUUGGACCAUUGUCUGAUAAACUGGGAAGAAGGCCGGUAUAUUUAAUAGGUCUCUUAUUUGAUGUCAUCUUUGGUUACCUAACAGCUUUGGCUCCAAGCUAUGGCCUUUUUGCUGCAUCACGAUUAUUUGUUGGGAUAAUGAAUGGUGGAAUGGCCUUGGUGUCUUUUGUUUUAACACAAGAGUAUGUAGGAAAAUCAUACUGGGCAUUAACUGGUUCCUUAACUAAUCUCACUUUUGCUGUUGGCAUAGCUAUUUAUGCCUUGUUGGGCUAUUACAUUCGAGACUGGAGAACACUUGCAUUUGUGGCCAACACUCCAGGUGUUUUCUUUUUCCUCCUUUCUUUUUUACUCCCUGAAUCUCCAAGAUGGUUAUACUCCCAUGGUUAUACAGACAAAGCAGAAGAAGUACUGCGCCAGAUAGCUCGCGGCAAUGGGAAAGAAUUUCCUACAUUGAAAUUAAAGGAAUGUAACAGAACUUUAAGUGGUGACUCAACACACAGUGUCUUUGAUUUGGUGAAAUAUCGAGUGCUUUGCUGGAGAACAGUCCUUCUGAUGUAUAUCUGGUAUGUCUGCAGUCUGGUGUAUUAUGGCUUGACCUUAAACGCUGGGGAUCUAAAAGGCAAUCUCUAUUUGAAUGUGGCGUUGUCUGGCCUUGUGGAAGUUCCAGCAUUCCCUCUCUGCCUAUUUUUUAUUGAGAAGUCUUGGUCUGGACGAGGAAAAUCCACAGCUGGCUUUCUAAUGUUUGCUGGACUUGCCUGUAUAUUUACAAUGUUUUUACCAGAAAAUAACAGUUUGUUUCUUAAUCCAGCCAUCCUUGCCUUACUUGGGAAGCUUUCUGUCAGUGCUGCCUUUAAUGUUGUUUACAUCUACACUUCUGAACUCUAUCCUACAGUAGUAAGAAAUGCUGGCUUGGGUGUGUGUGCCAUGGCAUGCAGAUUUGGUGGUAUUCUUGCCCCUUUUGUACCAUCCAUGAAAUCCCUUAAUCCAUCACUGCCAUUCAUGGCAUUUGGAAUCAGCGGCAUAUCAGCAGGAUUCCUGAGUCUGUUACUGCCAGAAACACUUAAUAAGCCAAUUGCAGAGUGCAUUGAAGACCUACAGCCUCAUGCAUACCAAUUGUUAAACAAGGGAAAACAAGUGGAGGAAACCUCAUGAUUACAAAGUUCUUAUAUUUGGACAUCGAUGCUUGGUCUCUUGAAGAGGUUUAAUGGAAUCAAACAUAAUAUGACAUAAACAAAUUUCGCAGCAAAUGCACCUGCUCUGGAGAUCUCCCAAUCACACUUGUAUUCCAUUCAGUUUGUGAGUAAAAGCGGGACUGCUGAGAUUAAACCAAGACAAGUGCUGCAGAAAUGUCAAUAUAGCAUACUAUGCCUCUCAUAAGAUGUGUUAUACAUCUGCCCCUAAUGUAUUUUAUAUAGACUAUGAAAAUGUAUGGCACAAAAUAAAAGUAUCUACAAUGUACUUGAAACCUCUAUUAAACCUUUGUAAUAUUCAGUUCUGGUUCUAAGCAGUGAUGAGCAAAUUUGAUUUUCCAAAUCAGGCAAGCUGCUUAUUUUUGAUUCUUCUCAUCAUAUGCAUACUGGUUUGUGCAUUCUUCAGAGAAGCACGCAAUUUGUAAUUUGUGAUUGCCUGGUUUUCUGUAGAUCAACAUACCUGCAUCCCAAAAAUAAGAAUUAAGCCUGCCACAUUGGACAGGGCCAGAGAAACAUGGGACUUUGUCUUAAAAAAUGUAUCAAAUGUUUUACUUUUAAGUUGUAAUAGUAGUUCUGGACUAUCAUAUAAUUGUUUGUGGACCAAGGGUUCGGAUAUACCCCAGGCUUCAAUUUUGUAUGUAUGUUAUUGAAGUGCUUUCCAUAUUCAUUCUAGUUUAGGCAUCAGUAAUGUAUUUAAGAUUUUUAUACAUAUCCAGUCUAGGAUUUCAUCAAUGAUUAAAAACAUAAUUUGUUA